AAUAUUGUGUUACGUAUGUGCAAAAUGACAUCACAGGAUGAUGACGGCGUGUCCGUGUCCUCUGAACUGCUGUUUAUUUGUGUGACAAGCAGUGAUUUCCUUUGCACUGGUGGACAGAUGUGGACAUGACAGCAGCUCUCACGGACUGGCAGUUUCAUGAUGCCACACUUCAUCAUCCGUCUCCUGCCGUUCUUCCUGCUGGCGUCCGUGUACGUUGUGUGGUGCAAUGCCGGCCGUACUCUCGGUUACAAUCGUGGCCUGCAGGCUUUUUUCAAGACCUGCCCCAUCUGGUACCUGGUCUUCUUCGUCAUCGACAUGCUCCAGCAGACGCCUCCUCAGAUUGGCAACAAUUUCGACGACUUCCGGUUGUGGAUCGCUAUGGGACUGCUGAUAUCCAGCCUCGGGGACGUGUGCCUGGUGUGGAAAGACAUGUUAUUUAUUCCAGGCAUACUCUUCUUCGGUUUGGCCCACACUUGCUACAUCGUCUCCUUCAACCUCAGAGGCACCAACCCCCACGGUAACAUCCUCCUGGCCGAGAUUUCAAUUCCGAUAGUCAUAUUCUGCCUGACGUACAUUUUAUCCGGCAUCGACACAUGGGCCAUGACCAUCUUGGUUGCGCUCUACACCUUUGUGCUCUUGUGGAUGGGCUACCUGUCCAUCCGGCGCUACGAGCACAUUCAGACGCCGGCCAACCUGUGUGGGAUGGUCGGGGGUUCGUGUUUCCUCCUCUCCGACUUCAUGCUGGGUGUGGAGAAGUGGCAGUGCUGCCUGCCCUUGCCGGAUGGAUUGUGCAUAAUGACGUAUUACACCGCCCAGCUGGGCCUCGCUUGCAGCGCCACAGAGGAGAUCUUCUACAGCGGAUCGCAGAGGACACUGCACAUCCCAAGGAAUCCAGGGUUGAGAUCGGAAGCUCGGUGCUCAACAAGGUCAAAUUCAGCUGCUAUGGCCCUCGCCAUCCGCCUCGUUCCUUACUUCGCUCUCGUCCUUGCCUACAUGCUGGGCUUUGACAUUUGUCAUGGCUACCCGCCGCAAACAAUCACUGCUGCAAUCGUCAAGGCUUCCCCUGUCUGGUAUUUGAUAGCAUUCACGACCUGUCUAAAGAAGAAACCCCCUGGGCAACAUAGUCUUAAUGCGUUCGAGUUCCUGAUUGCCCUUGGGUUGCUAUUGUCGAGCUGUGGCGAUGUCACUCUCGUGUGGAGGGACAGCCUCUUCAUUCCCGGCAUGCUCUUCUUCGCGCUGGCACACGUCUGCUACAUCGUGGCUCUGAAAGUCAAGAUCACGGACGACAAGGGCAAGGACACGCACACUGAUCUCUUCGUGCUCAUGGGCACGUGUUCGUUUCUGUUCGUAUCUUCUGGCAUCGACUCAUGGCUGAUGGCGGUCCUGGUAAUGUUGUACACAGCUCUUCUCUUCUGGAUGGGCUCCCUGUCCUUCCAGCGCUACACGUCGGAGAAGACACUUGCAUCAAAGUACGGGGCCAUGGGGGCAGCCUGCUUCUUGCUCUCCGACUUCCUGAUCGCCGUGCAGAAGUGGAAGUGUAGUCUCCCUUUUUCAGAGUUCAUCAUUAUGGUGACGUAUUACGCCGCCCAACUGGGCAUUGCUGUCAGCACCGUAUCGCUCACGACCAAGCUUACAUCAACUGAAGACGAGGCCGUCUCUUCAGCCAGCUAACUUCAACAUAUAUGUUAAAUAAAAAUAACAUUCUUAAAUAUUUUGUUGCUCAGACCUGGCUGAAAUUGUACAAGCUUCAAACCGCCACGCGAGGUCUUGUGAUAAAUGCUUCCGGUGGGAUGUACGCAUGUCAUUCUGACUCCCGGUGUAUACAGAAGUGCAUAAAAUGUGGUUGUGAGAUAUAUAUGUGCACCUGCCUUAGUAAUGAAAUCACACAAAGCUGUCACAUGUAGAAUUUGUUGAUGUGUGUUUAUAAAUCUCAUUUAGUCGAAAUCUUUAGUCUCACCAUUUUCUUGAUCCGCCUGCGAUAUUUUUUUUUUAAACACUGCUGAACACUCGGUUAACUGACUUUUUUGUGAAGUAAAUUCGCAUUUCAGACAGUUUGUGCAAAACCGUAUGUGAGUAUGGCUCAGCUUUCAUCUCUACAUUAGGAAGAACUUUUUGCAACCAAGUAUUGGACAUACUACUGUUUUGUUUCAAUAGAAACUAUUUAGCACACGUAUUUAUGAUGUGUGUGUUAUGAAGCAUGUUCAUUCUAAUGGGCGUAUGAUCAAGAUGAGCGUUUAGUAAUUAAUCUAUUAUAUGUUUACAUCCUCGGGAACUAUAACCCCUGUCUGUGUAUUGCUUAUUGAUAGGUCUUGCUUUGUUGGCAACCUUCGGCCUUCCAUUCUGCUUUAAUGCACAUGGUUUUUGUAAAUUUUAUCUUUUGACUUCAUUCGAUUAUGAAACCCCAGUUUGCUCGGGCUAAUAAAUGAAAACUAACGAUGACUGCUAAUUUACAACGGCACUAUUCUUCACUUUUUUAACACUAAAGCAAUUAAAAGAUCAUUACUGAUAA